UAAAUAAUAACAUAACAAGUAUUGUCUUAAUGAUCUUUUAGUGGAAGAAGACGUCGGCGGUGUGUUCAAAACUGUUAAAUGUAAAAAACAGCCGAGAAAUUGCGUUUAUUAGUGCUAUUUGUGCAUCAUCUUCACCGAGUGAAGAGGCUGUUCAAGUCAAGUUUAGCAAAAAAAAAAAAAAAAAAAAAUACAUCGUAAUCGUGUGUAUGAGUUAAGGAAAAAGAUUGAAUAAAACCAUUAAUCAGUAAUAUAAUAAAUUUCUUGUUAUUUAUUGACAAUUUGGUCGAAAAAAAACAAAAUAGAGGAAGGAAUAUGAUCUGCCAAAACUGCUCGAAUGGGUAAAUUGACGACUGCUAAUUUAUCAUUAAAUUACUCUUAAAUUACCGGUAAUUUAGCGGUAAGAUAGGGGUAAAUUAAGUCCGAUUUGUCUGACUGCGGAACGAAUUAUGUAUUUGAUAAAUAGUUAAAUAAUGCCAACUUAUUUUGGAAACGGGUAAAACAUAUGCAGGAAACUGUUAGUGAAAUGUAUGCUCUUUCUAUCUUUUGUUUUGCAAUUCAGGAAAACUAUUUAAUUUUUCAAUAAAAAAAUUAUUUAAACUAAAACACUUUUUUUCUGUCAGCAGUAUUGUGUGAAAAAAAAACCAUAGCCUCACCUAGCGCUAUGUGUCAAAAACACCGGUUCAUAUUGCCCCAUGUGUAGCAUUUUUUUUUGUUAUAUUGGGCUUCAGCUUGGUCCUCAGAAAUAUAUAAAACUUUCUUGGUGUCAAUAGAAUGAAUAGUUAAUAGAAUGAAUGAAUGAGUGAAUCUUUGCCAUAAAAUAAUGCUUAAAUAAAGGGUGCUCAUUUUGCUUCGCAUGUUCAUUUUGCCUCCCUUACCCGUAUAGCCUUCAAAUACCCAGAAUCAGUACAUGCAUUCGCUUGCCUAAUCGGGAGCUUGGCAUGUUGAUUGCUUUGUUUGCUAUAUUGAAGUAGUGGUGAUGGAAAGAAAUCUUUUGACUAUAAGAACAGGGAACCAAUAUCGCGAACAUUGCACCAUUUUUCUAACACUUUAUCACGUUAUGAAACAUAGUUAUGACAAAUUCCGGCUGAAACAAAAAAUGUCAGCGUCACGAGCUUAGUGAUGAUCCGAAAUGAGAUUCAAACAAUUGUUGCGACCGUCACAUGCUGGUGACAUUGUGUGCAAUGUCCAACUCUUGGUCGCGAUAUUCUCAGUCGGUGAUAAUCGAAAUCAGUAUGAUUUUUUCGUAUGUUUUAGUAAUGGGAGCUCCGGAUUGGAUUCGUGAAACCACUCCGACUCAGAAAUUUUAAAACUGCAUCGGACUCCGAAAUAAAUAUGUCUUUGAAUCCGGCUGAUCCAAACGAAUACAGAUUCAAUUGGGUCCGAUUGUAUCCGGAUUACUCCGAUCGAAUCCAAAUGCCUCCUUUUGAAUCCGUUUCACUACCGUGCUUAAUUCGUAGAGCAAAAUAGUUACACUAUAAAACUAAGCUUACAAACAACCCUAGCUCAUAGUUACCAUUGACGUGUUCAUAGCCACACAUAUAAGCAAAAAUACGAUGCCUAUGUGCGUACUGACAAAAAACAGUAUACUAGGGUUUCCCUGGUUUUCUGGCUGUUUCCAGAUUUUUCAUUUGAUAAACCUCCUGAUUUAUGGUUUGUUUUCCUAAUACUUAAUCCAAAUAAUAAUUUGGAUUCAAGAGUCAAGAGUCAAAGAUGUAUGACUUACAGACAAAAAUAGGUGCGUUAGAGUCAAAAAUUGAUGCGCACUGUCAAAAAUGCCUUAGAGGUAGAAAUUGAUGCGCAUCAUUAAAAAUUGAUACCUUAUUAGAGCCAAAAUAGGUGACAACGACUGUAACCUAGGCUGAAAAUGUGAGGCUAUUUUUGCGUGUGGUUUUGUAUGGAGUGUUAACAUGAUUUCAGUAGCCAAGUCUCAAACUCCAUAUAAAACAGCAGAAUACCAUCGUAAAACUCCCCAUUAUUACAUAGUUGUUUUACAUCUUUAUUUAUAAAGACUUGGUUUUAUAAUUAGACGACUGGAGGCUUCACCCGCCUAAUGAGACUAAUGUAUGUCCGCGGAAAAUGCCGGAAGAAAACAUCCAAAACUGACAUACUACUGAGAAUGUAUACAAAUUCAAUUAACAAUAAUAAAUUUCACAUUUUCAUAUUUCAUAUCAUAUCAAAUGCAUUGGAAUAACAGUAAAAGGUACAAAGGGUACCACAUAUGAUGCUCGCUGAAAUAUAGAAUAUCUUACUUAUAACAUGCAUCAAGUUAAAACAGCAUAGUUUUGCUAUAUGGAUAUCGUGGUCUCCAAAGCGAGAGUACUCAUGAUUGUCUAUCUAAUAUAUAUUCGCAACAUUUUUUGCAAUAUGAGCUGCUGCCAAAUACUAGAUUUGACUUAAAGUGUCACCUUGUUUGUGACGCAAUAACCGUAAACAAAGUGUUAAAGCAGUUUGUUUACUAGAACAGGAUCCGAAAACAUUCAAUGUCAAGAUUAUCGAGCUGCUUCGAAUAAAUAUAAUUGAACUGAUAAAUCAUAGAAGUGCGACCCAGCGGGCUCUUCGGUAGAGUAGCCGACUUCUACAACGGCCGACAGAAUAUAUUCAUAACCGGGCGAUCCUCCCGCAGGAAACACUGAAUAUUCGUCAGUGUGGUACAUAUAAGUCUCGGAAGCCCAAACAAGCAUCAGGGUGCACCGCACACACGACUCCGCAUGAAGUAAUACGCACCACAGUGUACCGGCAGGGUUGGGUAAGUCGGGGAGCGGGAUGGAAUACGCUCACUCCUCGAUAACAAAAAAAAGCCUAAACAAGCAUGACGCAUGAAUGACAUAGUUCGCAACACUAAAAAAAGAAGAACAUAAAUCAUAUCAAAUUUCUUAGAAAAAUCGGAUCCAUAACAAAUGGCGGGUUUUUUUUCAAACAAACAAACAUCGAUUUUUGUUUCAAAAGGCUUGAGAUAAGAAAAAUGGUUCAAAUAUAUACACGUUUAUUUCUAUAUACACAAAAUGUUCGAUUUUUUUAAAAAUGUGUGGAAGAGAUGAAAUAAUAUACAUGGUAAAUAGUCUUGAAUAUGUUUCGCGAAGGCGAUCAGGUAGUCUAAGAAAGGGUAUCAGCGGAAACAGUUUUUUUAAGCAACAGGUAAAACUCGAAGGUCUAAGACAUGCAUGGCUCUGUUGUGGGUGUGAAAUCGUAUUUGGCUGAAUUGACCUUAACCUAGAUGCGGACGUCUCUUGAUGGUUGUAAGCACAAUGGUCAGCUUUGCUCCAUUCAUGAACUCUGAACGCUCAAAAUGGGUUGUUUGGGAAUGAGCAUAUUUUUUGCAACCGUGGUGUUUUUAAGGCAUAAAAAAUGUAUUAUUAUUAUUUUGGUGUGGUCAGGAGAUCAGGAAUAUUGCGAGCGAAUAUUUGAAAUGUAAAUGAUACUCGAAUUUAAAUGUUCAUAGAAGCUCAUGCUUGUGUUAAAUUUCAUGCCAAUUGAAUUGCUAGAUCAAAAUAAAAAAGAAAAAUGAAAUAUUUCGAGUAUAUCUGAAAAUAGUUUGUACAUUUUAUGUGAAUGUUUUGCAUGUAAAAUUCAUAAAAUAAGUCUAAUUAGGUAGAUCUAUAAAACCUCUUAAACCUAUGCUCUAAUAAAAAGAUAUUGCAAUGUAUGCACAUUUUAUACGGUUUUAUGCAAUAUCCGCUUUCAAAAGCUGAGCUUUGUAUGCUGGGAAUUUUACAGGGAAACAAAGUUAACCAGAGACAAAUGCUUGUAAACGCACCUGCUGCAAAAGAUGACGGCCGUUGAUUAGCUGCUGGUAGUUUGCUUUAGCUUUUUGUGUUUGGCAUUCACGCUAUAGUGUGACAGUUUCCUUUCUCUUGCAAGCGACCAGCGUGACAGUGAUGCGUUUCAUGAAAUCUUUUGUUUUGUCUCCCAAACCCAGUUGAGACGUUUGUGUUACACACAUUUACGUGAACUUGGACCGAAAGAGUCCGUAAAGCUGAUGAGUUCCCGGCCUACUGUUCGAAUCGCAGACAAUGAAGCGUUUAUACUGAUGCUAGGAGAAAUAACCUUACAAUGUUUCGUAGUAUUUGUUUGGUGCGUUGGUGUGUGCUCAUAGUUUGAGUAUAAGAAUUGAAAACUUUUAAAGUGUAUAGUUUAGUAGACCGAAAGCAACGAUUGGCAUCGGAUCACUUUUGGGAUAUUUCAGCCACAACGACAAGUUAAAAAGGCAGCAUUAGUUGUACAACAGAGGCGAAAGAACUCCGUUGGGGCCAAAGCCUCUAUAAACUAUUCAAACAAUUGGUUGUACACUGUGCUCUGUGAUUCGUAUUUAAGUGUACACCAAAAAUUGUAUUGAUUACGGUUCGUUUAAAAUAACGUAACAUACAUAGACUAACAGAUCGUCAUACUGGAUUGAAACUAUCGACGACACGCUCAUGUUUUGUUCUAAAGAAGUGAAAAAGGUUUAUGAAGUGAGUUAAUGAUUUUACAUAAAAAAGUGUCGUAUGGUGAAUAUCGUUUAAAAACUGACAUUGAACAAUAUAAUUAUACAGAAAAAAGUGAAGCAUUCAAAAGGCAAUAUUUUACAUAUUUUACCCUGGAUAUGAGAAUAUAUAAAACAGUUUUAUAACAGAAAUAUUAUUAAUUAGACAAAGCAGGGUAAUUUGCCUAUUGUUGCACACCACUCAAUUAUUGCACAAUGAGUAUAAAUGGUUGUUUAUCCAAAUAUUCAAAAAGUAUUAAGGAAAGCUAUCUCUUUUUCCUUAAAUAUUGAUCAUUUCUGUCGCAUAUUCUAUUUAGUAUUUUUUUAGAUUUUUUAAACAAAAAUGAAAAUAUUUUGACUGAUUUCGAUCAAAACGAAUGGGUGUCUUAUUUAAACCGUUAAGGGAUAAUAAGUUUUAUUUCGCCCUGUGAACCACUUAAUUGGAACAACGAGUGUGCUUCGAUACCACCUCCUUUUUUCACCUUGCUAUCGUGUUGACAGUCCUUUCUUUACCAUAAGCUUGCGGCAGCAGGUGCAAGUGCAUUACUUAUUUUGCGGAAUUCCGGCUUGAACCACGUGCACGUGUCUACUAAUAUACUGCAAUUAUGCUACAAUCAUUACUUCGGCUACUGACGAUAUUUGCGGUAAUCCUUACGGUGACCGCCCAGGAGCGAUGGUCAUGGUCAGGAGGGGGAAAUAACGACAAUAGGAAUAAUGCCAAAAACGAUGCUGAUCGAUACAACGUGCGUAGCGAUGUGUUGGAAUUCCAAGGCACUGGGUCACAAGCAGCAGCAUCAAAUGAAAAACGAAAUACUUUGGCAGUUAGAAAAGGUCGAUACGAGGUAAAAGAAACAACUACGAAAAGGCCAUCAUUCUCAAGGCCACAAAAUGAUGAGUUUUCUGGCGAAUUUGGAGAUGGAAAUCAAUCUAAUGAUUUUGGAUUCAAUCAAAAGUUCGGUGGGGGAGGACUUAUUAACGGACAAUUUGGGCCGAACCCGUACGGAAUUAACCUUGGCCAACAGGGUGGUGUAGGAGGAUUCCCGUUCCAGGGUGGUAAUGCAUUAGGAGGAGCAGGAUUUUACCCGGGUCAACCACACUUAGGCGGAGGGUAUGGCGGUUUGGGACACGGUUCCAGUGGUAAUGGAAUUCUCGUGGGCCCUGGAGGCCCGACCGGCAUUAUAGGCCGUCCGUAUAACCGGUUUCCGUACGGCGGUGCCGGAUACUAUCCUGGAGGAACGGAUAUCCCUAUGGAGGAGGAUUCGGAAAUCCGACAUUCAAUGGACAUCCGGGUGGAUUCUUAUCGCCCGGUGGCUAUCCCUCGGGAGGCUAUUUUCCUCAGCCAUUCGGUGUAGGUGGAAUAGGGCCGAGACCGUUCGGUUCAUUCCCAGGUGGAUCUCAAUUCGGUCCACAGUUUGACCAAACCCGCCAAGCCAGUAAGAAGGUGGAAAAGAAAUCAGUCUAACAGAACAACUUGAAGCAUCACUUCAGCUCCACUGAGAUUGUAAGAUAAAAGUUGACUGAUGCAGCUCGUUACAACACUCUUUCAGUGUUUGUAGUUUUUGGUUGUCACCAUGCUAAAAUAGCUUUGUUACUUACCGAUUGUUGUUAUGACGAUAAUCGAAUAAAAAAGAGCUCCAAAAAAUG